CGCCAGGGCAAGCCCGGGCCGCCGGGACCUCGGCCCGCUCCCGGACCCGAGAGGCCGCUGCACCGGGCAGCUUUUCCUGAAAGGAAGAGGCGAUCUUAACUUCUCUCCCCUCCGCCGCUCCCAGCUGCCGCUCCAGAUGCUGCUGCUGCCGCCGCGGCCACCCCACGCUCGGUCCUCCUCUCCGGAGGUCAUGGACCCACCGCCCCCCAAGGCUCCCCCAUUCCCCAAGGCGGAAGGCCCCUCAUCCACGCCUUCCUCGGCGGCGGGGCCCAGGCCCCCGCGGCUGGGCCGCCACCUGCUCAUCGACGCCAACGGGGUCCCCUACAUGUACACGGUGCAGCUGGAGGAGGAGCCCCGGGGACCGCCCCAGCGCGAGGCGCCCCCGGGAGAGCCCGGCCCCCGUAAGGGCUACAGCUGCCCGGAGUGCGCCCGUGUCUUUGCCAGCCCGCUUCGGCUGCAAAGCCACCGUGUGUCGCACUCGGACCUCAAGCCCUUUACCUGCGGCGCCUGCGGCAAGGCCUUCAAGCGCUCCAGCCACCUGUCGCGGCACCGGGCCACGCACCGCGCCCGUGCGGGCACUCCGCACGCCUGCCCGCUCUGCCCGCGCCGCUUCCAGGACGCCGCGGAGCUGGCGCAGCACGUGCGCCUGCACUGAGCCCGAACCUGCGCCGCCCUGCCCUCUCUGGGCCACCACGUCUGACCCACACAGCGCCACUCCCACAUACACUCCCUGGUUCUGCCGAGGUUACUGCCUUACCCUGUGCCUCGGUUUCCCCGUGUACCCAAAGGAAGAAACAGCAUUCCUUCCUCCCCCUCCCCCCUAGCUGUGUGAUGUAGACCAAAGUUGUUGCCCCUCCCUGGGCCUGGGAGCCAGUAGGAGUUGGGCUCCUGUCUGGCUGUGCUUUGUGAGCCUUUGCAAACGACGCGAUCUCUCUGAGCCUUGUUUUUCGGCUCUCUCAAGUGGUGAAUGGUUGUUGUCUGCAUAGAAGGCAGAGAAAAGAGCACCGGCACGGUCUGGUUCGUCUCAGUACCUCCCCCUUCUGCCCAUGMCCCCCCCCCCCCAAUUCGUUGCUCAAUAAACAUUCCUCACUCCA